AUGAGUAGAUGGGUAGUAGUGGUUGCAACGGUAGUGUUGUUAUAUUCCAGGUUAGGGGUCUGUGAGAUAGCAGGAUUAGAUCAUGAUCCGAGCCAUAUACCUGAGUUACUGUCGAAUAGUUCGCAUUUGCUUUCACAGUUAAUCAAGGAAUUUGUACUGGAUCCCCAUGGUAAUAACUGUACUGCAAACUUAAUAAGUGGCGGAUCUAUUAGUUUAAAAAACAGAACGUGGCCUGCGAUAAGGAAUUUCACUGUGAGUAACCCAAGUCUGUUUAUCACCUGUUCCAACAAUACUGAUGGUAUAAGGGACUACACAGAUCUAUUGAGGAAGUUUGCUAUGACUGUAGGAUCAUUAGAAGUUAUUGAUGAUUCUAAUCAUUAUUUGAAGAAAGAUGAUUUUAAAGAUAGUAUAUUGAUGAUUGCAUUUACGUCAUGUGCAAUUUGUGUGGGGAUGUGGAUGGUCUACUUGGUGUUACUUUUCCAAAGGUGUCCACAACAUGCAGGUAGAAGAUUUUUGCUUAUGGUAUAUGUGGUAUUUGCAGCGAUCUAUGAGAGUAUUAAUUUAAACAUGGCGGUACAAAAAAUUUUCAAGAAACAGUAUAGUGGUAAUUAUCAAGAUUCUUCGGAAUACCAGAUGACAAUAAUUGAAUCUCAAGGAUACCGUGUGGGUGAAGUAAUUACCAAUGCCUUGGCAUGUUUAAACUGGAUUUCCAUAAUUUACUACAUGUUUCAAAAUUGUAAUAGGAUUGAUAGGAGUUGGUUACCAAACAUGAUAUCAAAUAGAAAUAGAAUAAUUAUUUGGGUUGGUUUAUCGCUUACAAUAUUGGAAGAAUUAAUUUUUGCCCUUUUGCUGUGGUAUCGAUGGAAUACUGGGUUGCGUGUAACAUACAUGUUGUUAGAAUUGUGCUUUUAUUCGCUUUUCUGUGGGUUAACAUGUUAUUUUGUCUAUCACGAUUUUGGAUUUACAUUAUCGCCAAGGAAACUUACUACUAAUAAUAAGAGUAGAAUAAGACAAAUUUGGAAAAGUCUUUGGAAUGAUUACCAUCAAAUUUUACCGCUUUUGAUUUACAAUUUAUCCAUGUUCGGCCUUUUGUUCUUUACUAGGAUUUAUCUCAGCAUCACAGUUACUGCUGGUCACCAAUGGAAAUAUAAAGUUAUUAAGUUUUUCAAAAUUGUCAUUACAGUUAGCGUUUGGGGAUUAGUUACGGUUUUAGAAAAAAGAGAUUCGAUUGUCAGUAAAGAGACUGUUUUAGGUAGAAAGAUUAAAAAUUCAGAUCGUUUCUUUUAUGAUGUCGACAUGGUUAAAACUGAUUUAAAGGGUGAGUCAUCAACGAUGAAUUCGAGUGAUUAUGGUUGUGAUAUAACUCCAGAAUCAAGUUCAUGCGGUAAUAGUAGUGGUGCCGAUGAUAAAUCUAAUUCCUCAGAAAUGGAAAAUAGUUGGCAAUUGUUGAGAUUCAAACUCCCGACAAAGGCAUGGGAAUCACAAUUGAAAAAAUCCAAAAGGCGUAGGAAAGCAAUUCAACGCACUCGUCAAAAAUUUCUAAAUAUAUUGGCAGGUACCAAUAAACAUGAAAGAAAAGAGAGUUCCAGAAUUUUUAAACACGCUGUAUCUAUUGGAGAAGAAGGAUCAGGAACCCCUGAUGAUACAAGUGUAGAGACUGAAUUGGCAACGAACUAUAUAUACGAUCUGCAGGAUAAUAACGGAGUUUAG